AUUCAGUUCAUUCAAGAGAGAGGAUGGAAUGGGAGAAGAUAAAUAAUGAAAGUCUCUAUCAAGAAUGAAACUGCAUAUACUGUCACAGAAGUGACCUUUUUGACGAGGAAGUUGAUUCUCAAUACCAAGCAACCUGGACUCGGGGGUAGACAGCCUAACAUCGUGGGCUAAAUGUAAAUCUGGACAGCGUUAUGAAAAAAAUCCCAUCAACAAACAAUACGGUGACAGCGGCAGAUAAAUCUAAGAAAAUAGAGCAUCUUCACUCUACUCCCGACCGUAUCCAGGCGCGUAAAUUUGCCAUCCUUCAGAUAUAAGAAAACACCUUAAGGAACUUAUUCUUAAGAAUGUUGUAUGUAGUCUUUCUGAAGCACUUGUGAUGCUGCAAGUGGUGAAGUCGUAGAAAUUGUCUCAGCGUGUGGGGCUGACUUUCCAAAGUUGUCGGAGUCGGCUUCUGUAGACUUGACAGACCGUACCCACAUUUGGAUAAUUUAGAGUUUUUGAGGGGGAUACCUGAGAAACUUUUCUUGUUUGAAGACAAUUUUAUCAUACACCAGAGGGUAAUGGAGUUUCGCCUCACGUUGGAUACCCUACCGGUUAUUUUUGCGCUUAUUGGUUUCGUUUUUGGAUCCCGACCCAGGUUGGAGGAUGCCCCUCCGCGAAUCGUGGAGCACCCCUCUGACCUGAUCGUGUCCAAGGGCGAGCCGGCCACCCUCAACUGCAAAGCAGAGGGGCGUCCUAGCCCCAUGGUGGAGUGGUACAAAGAUGGCGAACGAGUGGAGACGGACAGGGAAGAUCCGCGCUCCCACCGUAUGCUGCUGCCCAGCGGCUCCCUGUUCUUCCUGCGUAUCGUCCAUGGUCGACGGAGCAAACCCGACGAGGGGGUCUAUGUGUGCGUGGCACGCAACUACCUAGGCGAGGCCGUCAGUCGCAACGCAUCACUGGAAGUGGCAAUCUUGAGGGAUGACUUCAGGCAGACACCCAGUGACGUAGUCGUGGCGGCAGGGGAGCCGGCGGUCAUGGAGUGCAUCCCCCCGCGGGGCCAUCCGGAGCCCACCAUCUCCUGGAAGAGGAACAACAUGAAGGUCAACGACCACGAUGAGAGGAUCACCAUCCGAGGAGGAAAGUUGAUGAUUUCAAACACGAGGAAGAGCGAUGCGGGCAUGUUUGUGUGUGUGGGCACCAAUAUGGUGGGAGAAAGGGACAGCGACCCAGCAGAACUUGUGGUGUUUGAGCGGCCCAUGUUCGUUAAGCGUCCAGUGAACCAGGUGGUGCUGGCAGAUGACAUGGUGGACUUCCUGUGUGAGGCCCAUGGAGACCCCGCCCCCACCAUCCGCUGGAGGAGAGAGGAGGGAGAGCUGCCCCGUGGCAGGUCAGAGAUCCGCAGUGACCACAGCUUGCGUCUGACUCAGGUCCGGGCCGAGGACGAGGGCACCUACACGUGUGUGUCUGAGAACAGCGUGGGAAAGGCAGAGGCAUCGGGCAGCCUGCAGGUCCACGUGGGUCCAUUUAUGCCCCCUCAGAUCGUUGUUCGACCCCGGGACCAGAUCACAGGCCAGGGUCGCACCGUAACCUUCCUCUGUGGCACCAAGGGCAACCCUCCACCCGCUGUGUUCUGGCAGAAAGAAGGCAGCCAGAUCCUGCUGUUCCCCAUCCAGGAAGCUGCCCAGUCCGGCCGAUACUCUGUGUCUCUGAGCGGGGAGCUGACCAUCACAGACGUCCUCAGUGAGGACUCGGGAUACUACAUCUGUCAGGCCAUCUCUGUGGCCGGGAGCAUCCUCACCAAGGCCCUGCUGGAGGUCGAGAGUGCACCCUCCGACCGAGUCCCGCCCAUCAUCCGCCAAGGGCCAGCCAAUCAAACGUUGGCACCAGGCUCCACCGCUCAGUUGCAGUGCCACGUGAUGGGCAACCCUCUGCCCAGCAUCCAAUGGGAGAAGGAUGGCCAAAGGAUACUUGGCGACGAGCGUGUCAGCAUGAUGGAGAAGGGAACGUUUCAGAUCACAAACCUGCAGGAAACCGACUCAGGGGCCUACACCUGCGUGGCUUCCAGCUCGAGCGGAGAGACGACAUGGAGCGGAGUACUCACGGUGAAAGAGAGUGGAGGUUCGUCUGUCCCCCAGGCAUCAGAACCUUUCCAGCUGCCAGGACCGCCCCAGAAGCCUGUGGUGACCGACGUGACGCGCAACAGUGUCACCCUCACCUGGCAGCCCAACGCCCACGAGGGAGGCGCCGCCGUCACCUCAUACAUCAUCGAGGCCUUCAGCCAAUCAGCAGGCAGUACAUGGCAAACGGUGGCUGACUUGGUCAAGUUGGAGAAACACACGGUCAGUGGUCUCUUCCCCAACACCAUCUACCUAUUCAUCGUCCGAGCGGUCAACGCUUAUGGCCUGAGUGACCCCAGCCCCAUCUCUGAGCCCGUCCGCACACAAGAUGUAAGUCCCACCGGCCAGGGAGUGGACCACAGGCAGGUCCAGAAAGAGCUGGGAGAGGUGGCCGUUCAGCUUCAGGAUCCCGUCACACUCACUGCCUCCAGUGUUCAAGUAUCAUGGAUGGUGGACCGUCAGUCCCAGUACAUCCAGGGCUACCGGAUUCUCUACCGGCCCAGGGGUGGCACCUGGCAGCUGCAGGAUGUCAAGGCCCCGUCGGAGCGCCUGGCUGUGGUCGCUGAUCUGCUCAAAGGCACUGAGUACGAGAUCAAGAUCCGGCCCUAUUUCGACGAGUUCCAGGGCAUGGACAGCCGGCUGCUUCUGGUCAGAACACCAGAGGAAGUCCCGAGUGCCCCUCCCAAAGCAGUCACCGUGGUUACAGUGAAGCUGAGCAACAGCUCCAGCAUUAGUGUCUCCUGGGAGCCUCCCCCCGCCGAGAUGCAGAAUGGAAUCAUCCAGGAGUACAAGGUGUGGUGUGUAGGCAACGACACCCAGACCCGCUACCACAUCAACACCACCGUAGAUGGCACCUUCCUCUCCACUGUGCUCAAGGGGCUGCUGCCAGGCAUUCUGUACCAGGUGGAGGUGGCAGCAGUGACCAGCGCCGGAGUGGGCACCCACAGCCAGCCUGUGUCCAUCCUCAUUAAGCUGCCAGCGGAGGCACCUUCAGUGCCCAGCGAGGACAGUGAUGAAGGCAGCGUGAGCCUGGCCGAGCAGAUCACUGAUGUGGUGAAGCAGCCGGCGUUCAUCGCUGGGAUCGGCGGGGCCUGCUGGGCCAUCCUCAUGGGUUUCAGUGUGUGGAUCUACUGCCGCCGCAAGAAGAGAAAGGAACUGAGUCACUAUACCGCAUCGUUCAACUACACACCUGCAGUUGGCUUUCCACAUGGAGAGGCAUCUGGACUCAAUGGAAGGCCUGGCAUGCUGGGUGGCAACAUGGGCAAUUACCCAUGGCUGGCAGACUCAUGGCCCACCACCAACCUGGUCCAUAGUGGCAAAGAGGCCGUCAACUGCUGCACCUCCAAACACGACACUGCAGAGAGAUACUACAAUGAAGCGGGCAUAUCCAACUACCUAAACCAGACAGAGAAGUACAGCACGGGCGAUUCCACCGAAGGCCCUAUCUACAGCACCAUCGACCCCACCGCCGAGGACCUCCGCAGCUUUAACAGCCCCUACUCCUCCACCACGCCCUACGCCAGCACUCCAAUCAUGCCCUUCACCAACCAGGCACUCCAGGGGUCUCACAGCCCCACAGAGCAAGAUGGCGGCCACUGGAUCACCCAGCCCGCCGGACCUUCCUCCCAGUACGCCCAACCCGACCGCUGCAGGACGGACAGCGGUAAACCCAAGCAGAAGUCAAUGGGCAAGGCGGUGAAAACCCCCUCUAUGAACUGGACUGAAGCCCUGCCAGCGCCCCCCUCCUUUGGGGAGCUGGAGCAGUGUGUGGUGGAGGAUUUGCCCAUAGAUGACCAUGAGGACAUGGAGCUAGGGUCUGAUGAGGAAGAGUGGUGCCCGCCCCUUCCAGACAGGACCUAUCUGACCGAGGGAUGUGAGGAUGGUCCCGCCCCUCCCCUCAGGGGUGGUGUCUCGUCCCCCACCACUUCCUACAGUCACCAGUCCACUGCUACUCUCACGCCAUCGCCCCGAGAGGAGAGCCACCAUCCACCCCACGACACAGCACACCUUCACCACCAUGACGGGCAGCAGCUAGCACGUAGAUUACCUUGUGGUCCCGUCCCAGUGCCCCUGGUGCCCAGCCCUCCCCUCACCCAGUCCAACCCUAACCUCUCAGCCCAGCAGCACAGUGAGGACACCGAGGGGGGCACACCGCUCCGCAAUGGCUCGAAUCAUCGCCGUGACUUCACUGAGGGGGAAACGCUGAGUGCCGACAAUAUCAGCUCCACCACACCUACAAGAGCUCUGCCAUCCCCAGCAGACAACACACAGGCUCCCCCUGGCCAGAAGUCGCGAGUGAAAAAGAAGACCUCCAAGGGCGGCGCUUACAGAAGAGAGGUGCUGAACCAAGGAGACCUCCCCCCUCCACCAGAGCCACCUCCAGAGAACGGAGCAGUUCGGGGCUCAGCAGGGACUGUAGAAUGUGGCAACACGUCCCUGGACAGAGAGGGGGGCCCUGGGACCUUGUCCUCCAUGGAGAGGAAAGAAGGAGAGCGGAGCACUCCCAACAGGAAGGGAUCGGGACAGCGACGCCAAGACGAUGAGGACCUGAUCUCAUAUGGCAAACCCAGCUACCUGGUGGGGCGGGGGGGUCAUAUGUCCAGCAACUGCUCCACCACAGGAAGCUCCUCAUCGCGGGGCUCCACAGGGUCACGAGGGGGUCACUGCCCGGGCAGGAAAUGCAACGAGGAGCGGAGGAAAUGAGAUAAGCGGAGACAGGAACAUUCUCACGUAGAAACAAAACACGUUCCUUUGAUGCCUCCCGUUUUAUUUUAUUUUUCCAUCGACGCAAACAGCUACAAAAUAAAGAAUAUGAUCACAUUCUAAGGAACAAUGGAAGAAGAACGGACUUUCAUUCUUUUUUUGCUAUUAUUAUGAUUAUUUAUGACUUUUGGACUCAUCCCGCAUUCAUUUGUAAAUAGCCAUCUCUGUACUGUUUUUACGUGGGUUCUGGAUACAGGGAUAGAAAAAGUAUAUUGUAUUUAUAAUGAAAAAAAAGGUCCAUUAUUAUAAACCGUUAAUGUCUUGAAUGUGCCAACCUCUUUUUGUAGAAAUGCAUACCGUUUCGAGAAGCAUAAAGGCUAUUGCACUUGUUGUGGCGGAGAAACAACAAAAAAUAUGGAGCACAAUGUGUGUUGUCAGGCAGCCGGCCAGACAGAUUAAACUGCAGGGGUUCGUCGUCCUCUCAGGACGCCUCUGCCUGUCUUCUCUGUCGUCUUUGGAUCCCUAUCGCCUGUCGUCCGAUGAGAAUGUCGUUCUUUUCUACGUUAGAUUUUUUUUUUUUUUUUACAGAGAAAGCUUGUUGUGAAAAGAUUGUAACCGUCACUUUUUGAGUGUUGCUGCAAUUGUGCGAUGACUUAUUCUGUUAAAAAAAGACCUGUUCUGUCGACUAACUUUUUGGUAGUCUUGUUGUUUUGUAAAAAUACAAUAAAAUACAUUUGUUGAACAAUA